AUGGACAGCUACACACCUUCACACCCUUCCACAUAUGCCUCUACCCCUUCAGAGAACUCACCACUGGCGAGUUCCCCUCUCAGCACACCAGAGACAUCCGACCUCGAGGAUGCACCACCUCUCAACUUUGCUGGCGGUCUCGGACUUGGUGCUCACUCUACCACACAUGACCCAACCUUUGUCCUUGUCAUUGGAGGACUGGGCUUCAUCGGAUCCCAUACCGUGUUGGAACUCUUGAGAGCUGGAUUUAAUGUCAUCGUGGUCGACAACCUCAGCAACAGCUAUGAGAGCGUACUGCACAACAUCAAGCUCCUCGCCGGGAAGGAGUGCAAGGAGAAGGGAAUACAGAUGCCACUCCUCCACUUCCACCGUUGCGACUACAGGAGCCGGUCGAUGCGCUUCCUGCUGGAGAGCUAUACCGACCUCGUGCCCACAGACGAGACCGAAAGGAGACAGAUGACCUACCAAUCCCGGAUCACGGGUGUUAUCCACUUCGCCGCAUACAAGUCCGUCUCCGAGUCCAUUGGCAAGCCACUGGCCUAUUACAACAACAACGUCUGCGGUCUCGUCUCGCUCCUUGAGCUCCUGGACAAGUUCGCCAUCCGCAACUUCAUCUUCAGCAGCUCCGCGACCGUGUAUGGGUCCAAGGCCAACGCGGGCGUGCCCCUGCGGGAGGAAGACCUUGUCCACUUCCCCGAGACCGUGCGCGACCCUGCGACCGACGCGCACGUCGACCUCACGCCCUCGGUGGCAGGGCUCACAUGCCCCUAUGGCCGCACCAAGUACAUGGCUGAGGCGAUCCUUGCAGACCUGGCUGAGGCAGACGACCGCUGGCGCAUCGUGGCGCUGCGGUACUUCAACCCUGUGGGCUGCGACCCCUCGGGUCUGCUUGGCGAGAGCCCGCGCAACGCGCCGACCAACCUGUACCCUGUCAUCACGCAGGUGCUCACGGGCGACCGUUCCAAGCUCGACGUAUUCGGGUCCGACUGGGACACGCGUGACGGCAGCGCCGUGCGCGACUUUGUGCACGUGCUGGACGUCGCCAGGGGCCACAUCGCUGCGCUGCGGCCGUCCCCCACGGGGUUCCGCGCUUACAACCUCGGUAGUGGCAAUGGAACAACUGUGCUCGAGGCAGUGCGCUCGCUCGAACACGCGGCGGGCAGGGAGAUACCCCUGGACCACCAAGGCCGCCGGGCGGGCGAUGUUGGCACGUGUGUGGCCUCUAACGCCCGCGCCCGCGCAGAACUGGGAUGGGCUCCUCGCGAGAGCAUCACGCAGUGCGCCGUCGACCUUUGGAACUUUGUCAGCCGCACCGUCGGCGUCAGCAAGACCCCCGUCGUGGUGUCGUGA